AUGUUUCUCGUCAACUGGUUUUGGGAUGUUUUAUCUUCUUUAGGUCUCUUAAACAAGAACGCCAAGAUUCUUUUCUUGGGUCUUGAUAAUGCCGGUAAGACCACUUUAUUACACAUGUUAAAGAACGACCGUUUGGCUACCUUGCAACCUACUCUCCACCCUACUUCUGAAGAACUUUCAAUCGGCAAUGUCAAGUUUACUACCUAUGACUUGGGUGGUCAUCAACAGGCUCGUAGAUUAUGGAGAGACUACUUUCCUGAAGUUGGAGGUAUUGUCUUUUUAGUAGACUGUGCUGACCAUAGUCGAUUCUCCGAAGCAAAGGCUGAAUUAGACGCUCUUUUGGCCAUUGAACAACUUUCUAAAGUUCCCUUCUUGAUUCUUGGUAAUAAGAUCGAUGCACCCGGUGCUGUUAGCGAAGAAACUCUUAGACAAGAAUUAGGUUUAUUCCAAACAACUGGCAAGGGUAAGGUCGUCUUGAACGAUAUUCGUCCUAUUGAAGUUUUCAUGUGCUCUGUUGUAAUGAGACAAGGUUAUGGUGAAGGUUUCCGCUGGAUUUCUCAAUAUGUUUAA